UCAGCGGUACUACAUUGAGCUCCACGCGUCCCCCGCCGCCACACUGAUCCGCGGGGGUGCUGGAAGAGGGCACUCCGAUCCAAGUGGACUUCAGGAGGGCUUUCUUUUUUUACCCCCCACAGCCUAGUGGGACGAGAGGAGAGGAGAGAAUGCAGUCGCGACCGGACGCAAAUUGAGUUGUUUCUGCAUGUUUUUGCGCACCUGGCUGCUCAAGCGCGCGCGCUGCACAUCCAGCGGAACAUCCGAAUUGGAGCCCCCCCUUUGACUUCCACACUGCCGCUACUUGUCCUGUAUGACCUGCGCUUAAAAGCCUCCGAGGGAGAUGUGGAGAGGUUUUCUGACCUCCGCUGCAUCCCGGCUGUUCCUCCUGAGCGCCUGGCUGAACGGGUAGCCGCCGUGUCCAGCUGAGGAUGCCGAACAGAUUUCUGGAUUUUGGUGGCUGUACAUUCAGAAGACACUGUUCACAGAGACCUGGCCACUCUUUUACCUGAUCAAACUGCUCUAUCGUCCUUUUGGGCACGUCACCCUUUGGGGUUUGACCCUGCAUCCUCUGACCUCCGGGGUUAGCAGUCAGCAUUGUAAUCGCAACGUAACCUGGACACCUUUUCCAGGUCUGCCUCCUGAUUCUCUUUGAGAUAUUGGAUCUGCUUGCGUGCAUAAAGAAGCACCACCUCUGGCAGUCAUGAGGAAUAGAGGGCUGAAGACGCAGUCCUGAAGAUUGAUGGAGGGCCAUGCUAUUCAAACAGCAGGCAUUGCUGAGACAGAGGCUCUUCGUUCUGGGCAGCCUUGCUAUCGGAAGUGUCCUUUAUCUCGUGGCCAGGGUUGGAACCUUGGAUAGGCUACAACCCAUUUGCCCCAUUGAAGGCAGACUGACCCCCCAUGAGCCAGAACAAAUUCCUCUCCGCACCCUGCAGUUUAAGCGUGGCCUGCUCCAUGAAUUACGUAAGGGCAAUGCCACCAAAGAGCAAAUCCGCUUGCACAACCUGGUCCAGCAGCUGCCUCGCGCCAUUAUCAUCGGAGUGCGCAAGGGGGGCACCCGUGCCCUGCUGGAGAUGCUUAACCUGCAUCCAGCAGUGGUCAAGGCUUCACAGGAGAUCCACUUCUUUGACAACGACCAAAACUAUGCCCGGGGCAUCGACUGGUACAGAGGGAAAAUGCCCUUCUCCUUCCCUCAUCAGAUCACCAUUGAGAAGAGCCCUGCCUACUUCAUCACAGAGGAGGUCCCUGAACGCAUCUUCAAGAUGAACUCCUCCAUCAAGCUGUUGAUCAUUGUCCGUGAGCCCACCACCAGGGCUAUAUCUGACUACACGCAGGUUCUGGAGGGCAAGGAGCGCAAAAACAAGACCUAUCACAAGUUUGAGAAGCUGGCUAUCGACACUAACACCUGCGAGGUGAACACAAAGUACAAAGCUGUCCGGACCAGCAUCUACACCAAACAUUUGGAACGCUGGCUGAAGUACUUUCCUGUGGAGCAGUUCCACAUCGUGGAUGGGGAUCGCCUUAUCACGGACCCACUGCCGGAGCUGCAGCUCGUCGAGCGCUUCCUCAACCUACCCUCAAGGAUCAGCCAAUAUAACCUGUACUUCAAUGCCACCAGGGGAUUUUACUGUCUGCGAUUUAACAUUGUCUUCAACAAGUGCCUGGCAGGCAGCAAGGGCCGCAUUCAUCCAGAGGUGGACCCAUCAGUGGUGACUAAACUGCAGAAGUUCUUUCACCCCUUCAAUCAGAAGUUUUACCAGAUCACUGGUAGAAUAUUCAACUGGCCAUGAUGAGCUUUGAACUUCUCCACUGAGAUUCCUUGGAUUGGUGUUUUUUAAAACUCCAUGCUAUUAUUAAUAGCUAUUAAGAAAUUAAUAGCACCUUGACUGUAUUUAAUACAGCAACGACAGUGUGACCAAAAUAUAAAAGGAACUUGAUGUAAGUCUGUUUUUAUGUGUGUGAAAAUAAAACAAAAUAGUUGACUGGUUUGACUAAAAGAUUCAGUUCAAAGCACUUGCAAAUUGCAAAUUAAUUCACCUGUCUGUCAGUGUUCCCCAUGAAGAAAAAAAAAAACAGGACUGAACUGUGAUUAAUUAAAGAAAUUAUUUUUUUGCUUUUUAAAAGACUAUCAAACACUGACAUUCAUGUUGUUAAGAUAAGCUUUAAGUGUGAUGUUUUUUCAUGAUAAAACCCCUUAAAAGAUGACAAAAUGACAUCUUACAAAUGACAAAGUUGUUUAUUUGUUCAUCAUGUUGUUUAUUUGACAAAACUGCAUGUGCAAUCAAGAUGCCAUGAUAACAUAAUAGGAUCUUGUAUUAGUUAGUUGUCUUCUGUUGUCAGUUUAUGUUGUUUUUCACAUUUGUUUUUUAAUUCAUGAAUCGGUCCAUCAGAGGGUGACCUCUAGUUCUCAAUCCGACAUUAUCCAGAAAAGUCAGAAAAGAAUCAAAUGAUUCAAGUUGGACUCAAAACCCUCAAAGAAUUUCAGACUCGAGCUUGUGUUUUAUUGUAUGUUGUUUCUUCCCCUGCUGCUUUUUCAUUGGGUUGUGAAAUACGGCAAAAAGCCAUAACACACACACAAAAAAACGUUGUCCUCUGAUGACUCUUGUCAAACCAACUGCUUAUUCUAAGAUGAUUAACAAAGUCUGUCUGUUUCUGUGCAAAUAUUCAUUCUGUAUCAUGUGUGUUAUUAAAAAAGGUUAAAUUAAAAGAACAUGUAGACAUUUGUCAACUGA